UGCACACAAUAUAAUGAUGGUGCAUUCUCGUUUAAUCUUCUGGAUAUGAGUUGCAAUCUGCAGUUAUGUAGCCUUUACUGUGAUGUAUCUUUAUAUACUUGCCAUUCUGCUACUCUAAUGAUCUCCUCUGCUUUCUUUUUGUCUAUAUUUUCUCUCUGACCUUCUCCAAUGCCAACUUUCCCUACUUGUGUUUCUGUAUGUGGCCUGCACACUCAAACACUCUUCCCUUAUGUAACUGCUCCAUUCCUCAUUGUUUUUGGCUGUGGACCCGUCUCUCAGCCAGAGGGGUGGGAGGCUGACAGUGACGAGGAAGUCUUGGAGAAGAUCCUGAAACUCCAUCCCCAGCUGUUUGGUAAUAAACAGCUGUUCAGUAUACCCGAGGUGACCGAGGAAGAGGACAAUAGCGAAUCGGAGCCUCACUCCAGGCCGACUCUAACCAAAGGACGCUUUCUGUGCCAGCCUGCUUCUGGAAAGUGUAAGCCAUGUGGGGACAAAGCCAAAACAGCAAGGAACAGAGGGACCACGCAGGUUCGGCUUCGACCUCGCAUGAAUUACAUGAGCAUGGUGGACACCACCAACUAUGAAGAUGAUGAAGAGGUGGACCUCGAUUCAGAAAGCAGUCUGUAUGUGGGUCCCUGCAGCAGGGAGGUGACACCACGACGUUUACAUCGGGUAGACAGAAAACGAGACAGACUCCGCAGAGAAGCCCUACUUCGCAGCCACAUGUCCUCCCACCUUACCAACUCAGGGGUGACAGCACAAGGGCCGUACAUGCUCAGCAGGACAGCUCGCCACGUCAAGACACCUACCGUAGAGAUAGAUGUUGAGUAUGGGACAGAUAACGAUGAUGAGGCAUCACAGUCCGACCCUGGAGAGGUUGUGGUGGAGCAGAUGAGCUCAGAGUGGUGGGUGGAGGGCGGAAAUCAUAAUUACCACCAUGCCUCGUCUCAACGACAGUCCAAACAGGAUACACUUAACAUCAUAGCUUCUGGUCACCACCAAUGGGUGUGUUGCAUCACUUCUUCUGCAACUGUAGCUCCCCUUGGGAUUAACCCACCCUGAUGGCUGAAACCUUUUGCGGCCCAAAGUGAUGGCAAACCCACAUUCUUAUGGCAGCCCUGACUAUUUUAAAUAGAUUUAAUCUGCAUCCUUGGCUUCGUUAGACUCUUACUUUCACUCUGUCAGUGCAGCGAUUAAACAUUACAUUAUGGAUCAAUCUAUGCAAAAGGUUUAGGCCUACACUUUUUCCUCCGUCUCAUCCUGUAGUCAUCCGUGUCCGUAGCGCUGAUCCCUGUGUGCUUGGCCUGUGUCCAAAAAAAAGCGACAUAUUAAGACAUCCAGUGUUUGGACCCCUAUAUAUGGUUUACUCCGUUGUAGUGUCCUUGUUGUACCUUUGUCUUCCCAAGGAAACUUGACAAGAAGCUUUGUGUCUUUCAAAGCCUCAGACAUUGAGUCUUGUUGAGGUUGAUUGGUUAAUGAACCUGAUGGAAGCAUUACCAUCCUUUUCACCCCUUAUGAAGGCUGUGUGGGCCUGCAUGUGUCUGCAGUCAGAACAACCCCAACUGCUGCUUUUGAUGUGCUUGAAGCUGUAAGACAGCCUGCCAUUGUGUACGUGUAGGCACCUCUGUCGAAAUGUGUGUCCUUGUACUGCAGCAUGUAUGUAGUGAUUGCGAGAGUGUGAUAUUGUCCGGUGUGAAGUACUAACCAUAUGUCCAUGUGU